GGGAUCUCCACUUUCCAACCUUUACUCAUAUAACACUCACAAGUCACAUACACUUAAGGGGACGCCAGAUCCCUUACGGCAGCUCAGCUACAUCAACACCAACGUCAAAACCCAACACCAACCUUCAUAGACCUCUUCUCCGAAGAACCAAACAGAAAACAUGGCCUCCCCACGCCGAGAGACGACCAAGUACGCGUCGGAAGACGAAGCCAGCGCCACGGAAGACCCCCAGCCGGUUGCCCCCCAGCGGCAGAGACGGCAACGCCGCAGGCCACAACAGCAGCAGCGGCAACAAGAGGAUAGCCAAAUGCAGAAACGCCAGUCGGGCGGCCCCUUGGGCGGACUGGGCGGCGUCGACUCGGUCGGCGACACGGUGCAGGGCGUGACGGGCGGUGUGACAAACACGCUGGGCAACGUCGCGGGCGGCGCCCUCCAGAACCAGGACGGCGGUGGAGGGAAGAGCGAUACCCUCCGCCUACGGCUCGAUCUGAAUCUCGACGUCGAGAUUACCCUGAAGGCGAGAAUUCACGGUGAUUUAGAACUGGCGCUCUUGACGGGCUGAAAUAUACCAAACGACUCAUUCCCCUCCCAAUACAUACUACUACCCGCAACAUCGCGAAACAAAACAAGCAUACGCAUGCAUAGAUAUAC